AUUUCUUUUGACUUUCCUUUUAGCCAAAGUUGGAAGUAUGGUUUAUUUUCCUUGGAAGCUCUUAUUGGGAUUCUUCUACGUUACAGUAUGCGGAGGACAGUUACAGACUUCAACAGCAUACAGAACGACAAUAGAAAAGAUUCUUCAGAAAGAACUUACAGAUUUACAGCAUGAGCUGGAACUGGGGAGUGCCUCGCUUCCUGAGGAAUCAGUCCCACCUCCAACCACUACAACACAACAACACUACAGAAUGUUCAUCAAAAGAAAAAAGAGAGCUCUCUUAUUUCCUAGCGGAGUUAAAGUAUGCCCUGAGGAGACAUUCGAACAGGCUCUCACCAAUCACAUGAAGUUUUUUAAACUUAGGGUAUGCCAAGAAACAGUUUGGGAAGUUUUCAAGAUAUUCUGGGACCGACUUCCAGACCAAGUAGAAUAUCAGCACUGGAUGCAUUUAUGUGAAGAAGGCACCAUGCCGGUGUUUGAAAUAGGUGCUGUUUUUAGUCAGUCUGAAGAUCAUCACAAGUUGGUCACUGAGAAAUUGCUAUUAACUAAACAGGUAGCAAGCGGUUCUUGCAAUGACUGGUCGUGUGGCAAAGAUACUGCUCACUGGCUUCACCUGUGCAGUUCAGAAGUUACAACAACACAUCCAGGAAAAGCACAAGAAUUAACUUCACUAAGAGAAGCUGCAGCGAAUGUACCAACUUCUUAUGAGUCACCUGUUGAAAGCACUACUUCCAUUAACUUCCUGAAGCAAGAAGUGACUGUAGAAAGUUUGGACAAUGAGAUUGUCAAGGUGACAGAGAAGCCAUUGAAACAUGAGGGUGAGAAGAUGGUGGAAUUCAGUAUAAUUCUUCUAGGACCCUACUUGACUGACCAGUCUGUUGAUUCAGAAAAAAAUCUCACGAUAAAUUUUAUUACUCAGAUGCAAAAUGUUUGCCAACAUUUGCCAGGAUACAAAACAAUUAUUGUGCAGAAAAUAAGCCCUUCAUUACUGGAUGACAGGAUUGGCGUGGAAGUGCAUUAUGCUGUCAUUUUUGAUGGUAGUGCAGAUGCGAUUGGGAAUGCUACCUUAGACCUCAUGAAUCUGCAUUCCAAUAAAGUUGAAGACACUGCCCUUAAUGAUAUUGAAGAUAAUCCUACUGCCGUUUAUACAGUCAGCAGCUUUAGGGAUUAUAUCAUAGAAGCACUCUACAAACAAACAUUGCCUGGCGAUAAUACUAUGGCUGUAGAUUAUGACUCUCUGAAGCUUAUUAACGUCAAAAAUGCUCCAUCAUACCCUUACGAAUGGGCACCGGUAACCGAGAAGCCAACAUUUCCAAAGCCAUCAACUGCAGAUGUUGACAACGCAUUGAAGGCUGAAUGGCUUCCAACUGCAUAUACAACAGUCAGCAACAUUGUGCCAUUUGAAGUACAAGGAGGUGACCUGACAGCAAGAAGUGAAUUUGCAUUAGAAGCGGAAAGCCCUGCUAUUACAGAACAAUUCAGUGCCAAGAUUGAUUUUUUGCCUGACUAUGAAUACAGUUUUACAACUCCCGCACAUGACUUCCAGCAAAACAUGAUAUCUGAAUUUUUAGAAACAAGAACGACUGCUGCUACAGGUACUUUUGUCAAUUUAGACCUUCAAGAAGAGUCGGGGGAUAACGAGAUGUUAUUGUAUGAUCAGAAUACUCGCAGCUCAGAGUCGCCAGAUGUUACAACAAAUAUGCCACUACUUUCAGAAAAAAAUGAGCUUACCACCAUUCUACCACCAACCUUGACAACUCCAUCAGCUACCGAAUCCAGCUCAGACAUUUUAACCUCUGCAAUUGCAGCAGAACUGCCUGCACUAAGUGAAUCCUCAUUUGGAAGUGAAAACACAGAAAGUGUUGUUUCUCCAACAGUUGCCUCCUCUUCUAUAUCUGACAAUGUAGUAGACAAUUUGAAUAUUCUAGAAGAGGAACAUCUAAUACCACCUAGUAAAAUUACUGAAAGUAUUAUUCCUGUGGCAGAAGGUUCAGCAUCAGGUUUUGGUCUGUUGGGGAAGGAUGAAAACCCAACAUUGGAACCUUUCACUAUUUUAGAGGCACAAUAUAUACAGACAGAGUUAAUGAAAAUAACAGACUUUAAUGAUGAAAUUAAUGACCAGUCUUCUGAACAGUUUCAUACCACGCAGCCAAGUUUACUUACCAUUGAUAAUAAUAUUGAUCUAAACCAGAUAGCUGGGAAGGUGGAACAAUAUGAUGGCCCAGUUUCUACAAAACAUAUGCUUGACCAGUCACUGUUUGUAGAGUCAACACCUUCAACAUCUUCUGUAUCAACUACUGAACUGCUAAUGCAAACAUCAGAAGAUACAGAGUCUAACAAUCUUGUUGAGUCCACUAUGAAAUAUUCAUUAGAUUCACCAAGUGAAGCUCCAAGGACAAUAAACUAUUUUCUGGAAACACAAGAAACAGCCUCACAAAACAGCAUUGUUAUAGAAAGGAGCCCUGAGUUCUUAAAUAGCUCCAUCUCAAAUGAAAUAGAACCAUUAAAACCAACACUUCCAGUAUACACACCAAGCACAACACCAACAAUUAGAGAAAGCAGUACUCUUUUUUACACUGUUUUAGAACACGAUGAAACAACUCCUGCACUAAUAUCAUCGACAGAGACCAAAACAGAAGACAUUUUGGUUACAAUAAAACCUCCAGAAAUAAUUGAUAUGUCAAAUACAAUCCCCAAUCUGAUUUCUGAGAUAGAUCAUUCUCUUAAAGACUUGAUCCAUCCUUCAGAAGCUAUCUCAAGAGAAAGUACUAUGUCUAAUAUUAUUCCAGAAGUAGAAGAACAGGCUGUAACUACAGAGUCACUGGGUAAAAAUAGUCUAAUUCAUAGUGAGGUGUUAAAAGAGCCAACAGAAAUGUUUAGCUCUCCUAUUAUUUCCGUAACACAAGAGGAAGAUGUAACCUUGGAAGUUCAUAAUGUAUCUCUAGCAUUAGAUGACAUGAGCACAGUCUUUUUCCACCCUGACAUGAGUCCAGAAGAAAGAAGCUUGGUUGCAAAAAAUAUCCACUCCACAGACCUUGCUGGCGUCAUCUUUUCUACCCAUGAAAAUGGCAUGAAUGUUUCGGCAUCAACAAGGGCUCUCGUUGUAUUUUUCAGUCUACGUGUAACCAACAUGAUAUUUUCUGAAGAUUUAUUUAAUAAACAUUCUCCUGAAUAUAAAGCCUUGGAGCAGAGGUUUUUAGAACUGUUGGUCCCUUACAUGCAGUCCAAUUUGACUGGCUUCCAGAACCUUGAGAUUUUAAAUUUUCGUAAUGGCAGCAUCAUUGUAAAUAGCAGAAUGAAGUUUGCAAAACCUGUUCCUCGAAAUGUAACUAAUGCGGUUUACAUCAUUCUUGAGGACUUCUGCAACACUGCAUAUCAAACAAUGAAUCUGGCUAUUGACAAAUACUCAUUGGAUGUUGAAUCAGGAGACGCAGCUGACCCGUGUAAAUUCCAGGCGUGCAACGAAUUUUCCGAAUGUCUUAUAAACAAGUGGAGCGGUGAAGGCGAAUGUGUUUGCAACCCAGGCUAUGUCAGUGUUGAUGGAAUGCCUUGCCAGAGUCUGUGUGAUCUAGAGAUAGAAUUCUGCCAGAAUGAUGGCAAGUGUGAUGUAAUCCCUGGACAAGGUGCCAUAUGCAGGUGUCGAGUAGGUGAGAACUGGUGGUACCGUGGAGAACAUUGUGAGGAGUAUGUCUCUGAACCUCUAGUGGUUGGUAUAGCCAUUGCAUCUGUAGCUGGUUUUCUUCUUGUUGCUUCAGCCAUCAUCUUUUUCCUGGCAAGGACACUUCGUGUACAGAGUACAAAAGGUGAUUCAGAGGAAUCUAUGGGGAGACCAAGUGACAGCUUGUCAUCAAUUGAAAAUGCUGUAAAGUACAAUCCCAUGUACGAGAGUGAUGUCACUGGUUAUAGUCACUACUAUAAGCGAUACCCACAACAAUCGUCAGCCAGCUCUACAAGUCCAGAGACUUCUGCAGACUUCAGUAGUGAAGAAAUAAGACACAUUUAUGAAAACAGCGAGCUCACUAAAGAGGAAAUUCAAGACAGAAUACGGAUAAUUGAACUGUAUGCAAAAGAUCGGCAGUUUGCAGAGUUUGUGCGACAACAUCAAAUGUCAGUGGACAAUGUAAAAAAAUGAGCCCCACAAAUUAAUUGAGCAGAUUCAGCUAAAAGUCUAAGGAAGCUUCUGAAAAAAAGUAUGAAUGCACAAAAGAAUUCCAAAAUAAAGGAUGAAUCACAUUUGCCAUUACAAUAGAAUCAAUAAACUGUUGAGAUACCUUACAUUAUGUUCCAGGGAAUUGUAUGUAAAAAAGAAUGGCUAUAUCGAUGAUAGAUAUAUAGAUAGUUAUGAUAUAGUGUUAAAAUGUACUAUUUGGAAAUACUGUACAUACCUGUCCAAUAAAUUGAGAAAGAUUUUCAUAUCCCUUGCAUCACAGUAUACAUGAGAACACAUUUCACUGUUCUUGUUAAUGCAGUGCCAUUUUGGAUGCUCACUGAAAUGCUGCAAUUCAGGUGUCAUUUUUAUUUAAUCAUUCUCGUUCUUUAAAAAAAUCUAAUUUGUUCUCAUGCGUUCUUAAAAGAAUCACAACCAUUUCAUGGCAGCCAAUGCAUGAGAUCAAAUCAAUAUUUUAUUUUAAUUAGUAUGCUAAAACAGCAUAUUCUUCUUGAUAUAAGUUUAAAAUAAAUGGACAGUUAUGUAGGUAAAAAUAAUUUCUUAUAUAGGAAAAAAUGCAAAAGUAUGUGCAGUUAUAUAUUAAUAACAUGUUCUUUAUCUCCGAUGUAUAAAUGGAAAUGUAUUUAUAACAAUAUUCUUACAGUUUCAUUUGUUUUUGUAAAUAUCAUAUGUUUUUCAGUACAUUGUUUUCUUUCUUUCUUUCUUAACAUUAUCUGUAUUUUGCUAAUCAUGCCACCUGAACUCUGACGAGUUUCAAAUUAAAACUAAUUUUGGACACAUCCGCAUAAUGAUCUGCUACAAUGAAAAUGAGAUGAUGUGCUGGAAUGGAGCAUUCGCUGUAUGAAAGAAUGAAUGUAUGUAAAAUAGCCAGGGGAAAUAAGGGAAAGCAAUGGGCACCUGCAUCUAUAUUACAGGGGAAGCAAACAUCAACAAUACAGGGAGUAGACGUGAACUGCCCUUGGAUAUGAUGGCACAAAACUGAAUCAAGCAAAAACAGUUAAACCCAGCCUACUUCCAUAGCUUAGUUCACACUGACUAGUCACAGUCGGAACAUUCAAUGAUCACAUUGAUAAUGUUUCCUUAAGAUCUGGCUGCAUAGAAUCUUACAUAUGUUCUAUGGAUUUUUCUGACCUACAGAUGGGAAACCAAAACUACUCCUGCUAAUUGUCCAAAUUUAACAUGGGAAGGCAGUCAAUCUAUAAGUUCAAAGUACAGUAUGCAGUUUUAUUUCAAUGCUUUUGGUAUUCUUUUAGCUAAGAAGGUUGUUUGACCACUUAAAAUAGCAUGCUGGUAUAUGUUGCAACCGUUGUUGGGCAUAAUUUAACAUUAUUGCUUAAAGCGUGCCUUUUUCAUUCUGUACUCUAAUGGAUGCUUUUUAUGCAUUUGCCCUCAAGUUCAAAGAAAAGUGAUGAUACAAAGUAUUGCUUUUCCCAGAAACAUAUGCUGUUUGAAGUCAAUAGCGAUAUAGUAACGAUAUGAAGUUUCGAUCAUCAGAAUAGGAACUACAUUGAAAAAUCACGAUUUGAUAUUGCGUCUGCAUGUUUUACAGAUAUAACUAUUUAAGUAGGGCUACAGGUGCAAUAUUUCAGAGCCACAUAUUUUGUAUUUGGGUUGGCCAUCUCUUAUUAUUCCAUAGUCAAUAAAAUCUUAUCUUUAAGUUAGGUAAUAAUAACAUCAACAUCAAAACCCCUGGAAUUAUUUAAAAAACUAGCAAUAGUCUUUUCUGGUGAGAUAUUUUAUUAUGUUAUUAAAUAAUUGUAUUUGAUCCAUGAGCAAACUUUUCUCUGACUUUCAGAGUCAUUCAUCAAAUCAAGAGUUCUCAGCAACUGAAUUUGCAAAAUAUAGGCCAACGUGGUUAAAAUGGAAAGAUGUUUUUAUUUCUAACAAUUAUAUUUUUAAUAAACCUGUCUUGUAAAUCACACACAUUUGGAUGUUAAACCGAAUACCCUUCAUAAUUGUUGAUGCAUAUUGACAAAUGAUUCAGUCUAGCCAUCACAUUAAAGCAGUUUUGUAAAUGUACACUGUUAUAUGUUAACAUAUUUUGCUUUUUGUACUGUUAUAUUCAAUUCACAAAUACACACAUAUAUAUAUAUAUAUCUAUGCUAAGUAGUAAAGUCUGUGCCAAUUUCCUAAUUUAUCGUAGGCAUCUGCCUUAUUGUUCUUAAAUGACAUCUUACAUUUACAUUGAACUAUAAACUCACUGUUUUAGAAGUUGUAUCCCUUUGUCUGGAAGUAGUUCAUGUAGGUGUUACAGUUUUUGUUUUCUGUAUAAUGUUAGUCGUAUUAAAAUGUUUAAGAAAUAAAAGAAAGUAAGUAUUUUUCUUCAUGCUCUAUUUUCCAACCUAAAACAUUAGAUGUUUUGCAGAAUAUAGAUAUUCCACAGCUGUCAAUGCUUACUCUCCAAACAUUUGCAGACCACUUGGUCCUUAGGAUUGUUAAAAUGAUAAUCCUAUUGUUAGAUGACAUUUAAGCAAAGAUACGUUGCAUAAAUCCAAGAAGAUUCACACUACCUGUUAUUGUGUCUUGUACCAGUU